UCUUGUUCGGUCUCUAUUCGGCGGAUUCACGUCGAGCUGCAGCCGCCGCUAAGCAGAUUAGUGCCCCUGACACGAUACAAACGGACUGUGGAUAUGCACGCCUCUUUCCGUCGAGUAAACAAUUCGGCCGCUAUUUAUAUUCGAAACUAAAAUAAAUACAGUGAGUGAAACCGCUGGUUUAAUGAAACGCUCUUAGGAAUGUGAAUAUUUUAUAAAUAAUCCGGAACCACCAACAAAAUUUCAAUAGCAAUUCCAAAAAUUCGAUAGGGAUGAAGAAAAGUGAAGCCGCCGCCUGUGAUCCUGCGGACUCCGGGGGCCAAAGCCGGCCUGAUCCUGAUACUUUAGACCCCAAAUAUAACUUUAGAAUUGGAAUAUAUGGGUGGAGGAAAAAAUGUUUGUACAUUCUCAUCCUGGUGCUGCUCGUCAUGGUUAUCGUCAACCUGGCCCUCACCCUGUGGGUGCUCAAGGUCAUGGAGUUCUCGUCGGAAGGAAUGGGUCACCUGAAAAUUGUUACCGGGGGGCUCAGGUUAGAAGGCAAAGCCUUCGUCUUGGAUAGUCUAAUAGCAAGUAGUAUAAAGUCAAGAACAGGGCAACCGAUAGUGAUGGAGUCUAGUAAAAAUUUAACUUUAAAAUCAAGACAUAAAAACGGAAGUUUAAGUAGUUGGAUAUUUUUAGGAAAUGACCGCUUCGAGUGCCUAACAAACAGUUUCAAAAUUAUGGACGACCGAGGAGUGCUCCUGUUCUCCGCUAACGCAAACGAAGUCGUGGUGGGCGCUGAAAACCUCCGCGUCACCGGAGAAGGGGGCACGAGCUUCAGCGGGUCCGUCCAAACGACCCUCGUGCGUGCCGAAUCUGGGCAUGAACUGAGGUUGGAGUCCCCAACGAAGACGCUGGCUGUGACGGCCUCGAAAUCAAUCCACAUGGAAUCCCUGGGCGGAAGAAUAAAAGUGAACGCCUUAAACGAUAUAUCAUUAAAGUCUGAAGGGGGCGCCGUGAAGCUAGAAACCAGCUCCAUAAUGAUGCCCCUAAUUCCCAUAGCCAACUUGUCUAACCGACCCGCAGCUUAUAGAUCUCACGACGUGUACCAGCUGUGCGCUUGUGAGAGCGGAAAACUGUUCCUCGCUUCCCCCCAUAGUGAGUGUGCUUCGGAGAAUGACGGUAGGGUGUGUCGAUAAUCAAGAGAGUUAUUGGAUAUGUGUCAGAAACCUGUACUGAUUUUUUAACGUUAAGUCAAACGCUCUUAUGGUCAAUCGUUAUAUACGAAAUUGGUAUUAACUAUUUUAAAUGGAACUCAGUAGGUACAAGUUUUUUUUAAGCCCAAUGUUUUAAACUUAUUUUAUAUUUAUCAACAAUUUGACCCAACAAGUCAAUUUUGCACUGUGUAUAAUACAACAAUUGUAGGGAAUUGCCUUAACUUCAAUAAAUUGAUAAGAAAUUGAGGGACAAUAAAACCAGUACUGCCACCGCGAACUCAGUCAAACAUGGAGGAGCCCACGUUGGGCGCCAUUUCUUCGUUGACGUUGGGCGCCAUUUCUUCGUCGUUGGUCCUCCAUGUUUAACCGACUUCGCCGUGGUAUUCCUCAGUUCUAAUUUAUCGGUCAGUUUUGGGUAUUUUUAUAGUGGCGUAAUUUUUAAUCAGGCACACAGUCUUAGUUUUUGAGAUGGACAUAGUAAUUUUCGCUAACAAUUAUUUUGUUCCAGUUACAGCGAACUGAAACUACAAAAUAUUAAAAGUUUUUUGACAUAAACGGUAAUU